UUGAAUUAUGAUCAGGUUUUCAUUCGUGAUUUUGUGCCUUCGGCUUUGGCUUUCUUGCUUAAAGGUGAAGGAGAGAUUGUCAAGAAUUUUCUCCUCCAUACCUUGCAGUUGCAGAGUUGGGAGAAAACUGUUGACUGCUAUAGUCCCGGACAGGGUUUGAUGCCAGCGAGCUUUAAGGUUAGAACUGUACCUCUUGAUGAUAAUAAGUUGGAGGAAGUGCUAGAUCCGGAUUUUGGUGAGUCAGCUAUUGGUCGUGUUGCACCAGUGGACUCUGGAUUGUGGUGGAUUAUAUUGUUGAGGGCAUACGGGAAGAUCACUGGUGAUUAUGCAUUGCAAGAGAGAGUGGAUGUUCAAACAGGAAUAAAACUAAUCCUCAAUUUGUGUUUAGCUGAUGGAUUUGAUAUGUUUCCGUCUCUGUUAGUCACCGAUGGAUCCUGCAUGAUAGACAGAAGGAUGGGUAUUCAUGGUCAUCCCCUUGAGAUCCAAGCUUUGUUUUAUGCUGCUUUACGUUGCUCUCGUGAGAUGCUCACAGUAAAUGAUGGUUCAAAGAAUUUGGUGAGGGCCAUCAACAAUAGACUCAGUGCACUAUCAUUCCACAUCAGGGAAUAUUAUUGGGUUGACAUGAAAAAAAUCAAUGAGAUUUACCGUUAUAAAACUGAAGAGUACUCCUUGGAUGCUAUCAACAAGUUCAAUAUUUAUCCCGAACAAAUUCCUUCAUGGCUAAUGGACUGGAUACCUGGAGAAGGUGGGUAUCUAAUUGGCAAUCUACAGCCAGCUCACAUGGAUUUUAGGUUCUUCACACUUGGGAAUCUCUGGUCCGUUGUUUCAUCACUGGGUACUCCAAAACAGAAUGAAGCUAUUCUGAACUUAAUCGAAGCCAAAUGGGAUGAUAUUGUGGGGCAAAUGCCUCUCAAGAUAUGCUAUCCUGCAGUGGAGAAUGAGGAGUGGCGCAUAAUUACUGGCUGUGACCCGAAGAAUACCCCUUGGUCCUAUCAUAAUGGUGGAUCUUGGCCAACACUUCUUUGGCAGUUUACUUUGGCAUGCAUCAAGAUGGGCAGAUUAGAACUAGCCCAGAAGGCAGUUUCUUUGGCAGAGAAGAGGCUUGCAAUAGAUCGUUGGCCUGAAUAUUAUGACACCCGAGCCGGGAAGUUUAUUGGAAAGCAAUCUCGCCUUUACCAGACAUGGACCAUUGCUGGUUUCCUGACCUCAAGAUUGAUGUUGGAGAAUCCAGAGAUGGCUUCCUUGUUGUUCUGGGAGGAGGACUAUGAGCUUCUCGAGAUCUGUGUUUGUGCACUUAGCAAAAGCGGCCGGAAGAAAUGCUCUCGUGGUGCUGCUAAAUCUCAGAUACUUGUGUAAUUGAAAACCAUUCUUUUGAAGGCAAGAGAGCCUUUGAACUGUACAGCCAGAAGGUAUAGGGUAGUGUAAUAAGUCUGAUAAGCAAUUUUCAAGCCUCAAAAAGUUCAACAUACAGGUUUGUAGUAGAGGCUAGUGUAGUAUAGUUACAUAUCUUAUUUGUUGGAUCAACCAGAGAAGUUGAUCGGCAUUGAAAAUAUAAAUGACUGGGAUCAACAGAUCCUGAACUUGUAUAUCAUGGCUUUUCCCAUGGUUAUUUUACUGUAUAUUGUUUAACAAUUUUCAUUAUCAGAAGGCAGUACAGCAACAUAUUCAUUUU